UAUCGUUACAUACGUUGGCACGCAGCGUAGAGUUUCAUCUUUUUUAAUAAAUUCGUGUAUAUAAGUAGUCGCUUAAUUGCAAAACAGAUCAUGCCCUCGAGAACGUAUCACGUCAAUAGAGAGCAAGGUAAGGCCGCUCAACGAGAUCAAUCAUAUAAGAGCUGCCUCACCGCCUUGCUCAUUUUCUUCUUUCUGUGCCUCGUCCUCAUUAUUGCUUGUAAACCUUGGACAAAAACUGAAAAGUACAAGGAUUACUUUGAGCAUUAUCAUGGAGAAGAGACGAAGACGACAGCAACAAUCCCGACAACUUUGUUGUCAACUUUGUUAUUAACUCAAAGAACAAUGACCACAUCUGUUGCAAGUACAAAAGAUACAACGACCGAAAAUUUUGAUGUCGUUACAGAGGAUAAUUCCAAGACAAACGUUAAAGCAAAUCCAUUCGAUCGUUAUUCUGAAAACACGACGACGCAGGAUACGACUGUUGCUCGGAAAGAUGUUGAAGAUUACACCACAGAAGAAAGCCGUCGCACGGAAACUACAAGAGAACACACUGACACGGCUACUACAUCACGAUACAAUUAUCACGAUAUCAUUGAUAAUGUUAUUGACAGCGACACGACUUCAAUGUCGCCGCCUGUACUGAGUACCAGCGCAUCUACAUUAAAAAACAAUGUUACAAUCAUCGAUACUAUCGAGCAAGUUACGACGUCCAUUAAAAAUGUUACAGACAAUUUGCAGACAUCAACACAAUCGGACGACGGUGAUACCACUGCAUCUUUCGCAAUAUCUACUUAUUCGACCAACACUGAAAAAAGUACAAGCACUCGGGAGAAAUCCGAUACUACGACGAGUGACAGUAUCUCUUCAACAACAUAUCGAUCAGAUUUUGGAGUCAUAUUUGGAGCAGAGAAAAAUACCACAACUUCUACCAACAAAGAUCUUACUUAUAAUGAAUUUGUUAAUAAUACAACAGAUAAUGUCAUCUCUUCAACGACGCCGACGAGUGACAGUAACUCUUCAACAACAUAUCGAUCAGAUUUUGUAGCAGAGAAAAAUGCCACAACAUCUACUAACAAAAAUCUUACUUAUAAUGAAUUUGUUAAUAAUACAACAAAUAAUAUCAUCUUUUCAACGACGCCGACGAGUGACAGUAUCUCUUCAACAACAUAUCGAUCAGAUUUUGGAGCAGAGAAAAAUGCCACAACUUCUACAAACAAAGAUCUUACUUAUAAUGAAUUUGUUAAUAAUACAACAGAUAAUAUCAUCUCUUCAACGAUGCCGACGAGUGACAAUAUCUCUUCAACAACAUAUCGAUCAGAUUUUGGAGUCAGAUUUGAAAUAGAGAAAAAUGCCACAACUUCUACAAACAAAAAUCUUACUUAUAAUGAAUUUGUUAAUAAUACAACAGAUAACAUUAUCUCUUCAACAACGCCGACCCAAUUAAUUUCUGCAGCAGAUAAAAAUACUACAACUACUUACAAACAUCUCGACGAAGAAUUUACAACUACAAUAAACAAAACAAACAUACGAAGUUAUAACAGAAUUAUCAAAACACAUAUUUUUAACGAUACUUCUAAUACAAGGGAAAGACACACCGCAUCUUCCGAGUUCUUAAACACAAGUACUACUUCCGAUUCUUAUAAUCGCACAAUCACCACCACAAUCUUACCGAUGGAAUCCACGACUGAAACUGCGCUUCCUGAGGAGGAUUUAAAUGUUUGCAAAACGGGAAAUUGCAAACAAAUCACCAGUAGAAUGUUGUCCUACAUGAAUCAUUCAGCCGAUGCUUGCGAUGAUUUUUACGAAUAUGCUUGCGGAGGUUUCGAGGCGGAUCCGCAACUGAUGGACAAAGAUCCGGUUGAGAGAUCCAAAAAUUAUCAGCGAAUUGCCAUGCAAAUGUCAAAGGAAAACCGCGAAAGUGUUUAUUCGAGUUUUGCAACGUACUACGACAGCUGUGUGCGAUACGAAAACGACGUGAACUUUAACGAAAGGAUAAGAAUCGCAAACGAUAUGUUGAGAGAGAUAGGAAAAUUUUAUAUCAACUCUACGUGGCCUAACGAUUACACGGAUUUCACGAAUUUAUUUGCUAAAUUGAUAUUACAUCACAGCGCUUUUUUAUUUGACGUUGUGCCCGAAGUGGACGAGUAUCGUCCGAAUAGCUUAACAUUAAAGAUAGGUCCCGUGAUGUUCGAGCAGUACGAGAAUCCUUUCAGCACGGGAUACAUGGACUAUUUCAAGUGUUCUGAGAACGAGUUUGAUAGAGAAGAGCAGUAUGUGAAUCUGCAAGUUUUAUAUGAGAAUUAUGAAAAAUGCAAGAAGGAUACGGGAAAACUUGUGACGUUCAUUAAAGAAGCGCUAAUGUCACUCAAUGUUUUUAAAGAUGUAGAUGAUAAAGAUUUAGACCGGAACUCACAAUUCGAAUACGUAAACAAAACUGUUCAUGUGAUCGAUUCUGUUAUAAUGAAAGGAUACUUCUCGCAUUUUCCAUCAAAAAGUGAAAUCCAGGAAGUAUAUUCAACGAGCAAUUACACAAAAAUGAGUUUGGACGAGUUGCAGAGUAGUAGCACGUUUCUGAAUUGGACGCAAUUAAUUCGCUCGUUAACAACGGUGGAUGUGUCAGGCAAAAGUAUUCAAGUGUAUUUUCACAAUAACCUGACAGAAGCUUUACAAGAAAUGAGAAAAUUCGCCAGAGAGGACUCUAUGGGCCUCAACAACGCGUUAAUGGGUUUGUACGCACACAAACUAUACAAUGAGAUGGUUUUGCCAAGGCGCAACGACAUCAAGGUUCAUUGUAUGGAAGCAGCCACUUACCUCCUGCGUUUAGAAGCGUCCAGUUUAUACAUAUCGUCCUUUACAGAUAACGAAAUAACGCGGAUGAAUAGCAUAACGAAAACCAUGUUCGAACAGUUAAAGAAAACAUUUAAAUUGAAAACGAUGGAGGCAAAGUGGGCAAUGGAAGGAGGACGGGAGAGAUUGCUAAGAAAAAUCGACGAGCUUGAACUCGCACUGCCUGACGCUUCCUACUUUAAAAACAGAGAUUUGUUAUAUAGCGAAUACGAUAUUCAUCAGAUAACCUUAUAUGACAAUUAUUUUAACAAUUCGAUGAUUCUGCUAAAACGGUACAGAACUUUGAUGUAUGCCGAAUUAGGAAGACAAGUUGACUCAAAGCAAAUUUGGACAUACUUCGCAACGCCAUUCCAGUCAAAGGCCCGAUCGAUUUACAGUCUGAAUCUUAUUGUAAUUCCUUAUGGCAUCAUUGAUUGGUCUUUGACGAACGACGAGUAUUUGCUAACGUCUCUUCACUAUCUUCUGAUGGCGAAUCUUGGAAUUUCUAUAGCUCAUCAAAUCGCUCAUCAUUUUGAUGCGAACGGUGUACACUACUGGAAUCAAGCCAGAAACAUCGAAUAUUCUCUGAUGUACGAGCACGGAAGUACCGAUAUGCACUUUGAUGACUACGUUGACUGCCAAAAGAAAAACAUGUAUCAAACAUCUAUGAACAUGACGCUACCUUUCACCGACCAAACUAUAUCUUUUACGAUCCCGCAGUUGACCUUGAACGAACGGUUGUCUGACAUUGUGGGACUCAGACUAGCCUACGACACUUUGGCUCUUAACAGAUUGGACGCGGAGAUGAGACUCCCAUGGAUGGAUCUCCGCAUUGACCAAUUAUUCUAUCUCGCCUACGCUCAGACGUAUUGCACGAAGACGCCGCUCACGUCAUCGUUUGUCUCUCUCUACGAAAGCGAGAACCUCCCGAGUCGGAUUCGCGUGUUCGUCGCCGUGUCGAAUAACAAGAUCGUCGCCGACGCAUGGGAUUGCCGGAAGGGCUCGCAAAUAAAACCCGAAGACAUUUGCAGCGUAUUUCCGUACAUAGAAUCCAAAAUUUUUGAAUCCCCAAUCCUUUCGGCGUGAAAAUCGUUUUUCCGUGGAAAACAUGGCGCGUUCUGCUUAACGGCGGAUGUCGCGAAUCGAUUAUCCAUGAUAUUAAUCGACGAGUACAGAAACAAAACUCACUGGCGCAGUUUUGUCUGGUGAGAAAGAGAGAGAGAAAGCGAUUCGCAAACGAAGAUCUUUACAAUCUGUAUAUUCUGUAUAUUCUUUUUUAUAAUCUGUACAUUCGAUUGUUAGAAAUGUUGAAUAUUGUCACGCCGUUUUCUGCGAAUGUAUGACUUGGUAAAAAAAAUUGCGUCUCUAAAUAAAAAAAACCUCAAAACCA